AUGAGCGCGUCACCACUGCCAACUAAAGCGGCCGCGAGGAACUCUCUUCUCGUCUCAUACCUAGCCCAACUCAACACACAUCCUUUACGAACAAAGUGCGUUACUCUCGGUGUACUCACGUUCUUGCAAGAGGUGCUAGCCACUCAUUUGGCUGGUGUCCCCGUACGCAAUCCUCCUAAAGACGCACCUAGUUAUCGUCAUGCUCUUGCCCAGGCAAAGGUCGAGCAGAAGGCAUUCACGAUGGCUCUCUACGGUGGUCUCGUCUCUGCCCCGCUCGGUCACGUUCUCGUAGGUACAUUGCAGAAGGCAUUCGCAGGUAGGACAGGGAAGUGGGCAAAGUUCGGGCAGAUUCUUGCGAGCAAUUUGUUGGUAGCGCCUAUACAGACUGUCGUGUACCUCGCAUGCAUGGCUGUGAUCAACGGCGGGAGGACGGUUGACGUUGUUGUCAAGACCGUUAAAGGCGGAUUCAUGGCUGUCAUCAGGGUGAUGUGGAUUAGUAGCCCGUUGUCCAUGCUGUUUGCACAGAGAUUCCUCGCUCCUGAGCUCUGGGUGCCCUUCUUCAACUUGGUUGGAUUCACUAUGGGAACAUACUUCAACACCCGGGUAAAACAACUUCGCCUCGCUGCGGAAAAGAAGGCCAAGAAGGAGAAAGAAGAUAGGAAGACGCAGUGAGCGAUGUGUCACGUAUUUAUUCUCAAUACCCUCUUGUAUCAGCAGUGGCGUUAUACUGUAAACGGAGAGCCUAGUCUUGCU